AUGAAGACACACACACAAUCCUCUGAAAGACAGAAACAGAAAUACAUAAAUCUUGUCCCUUACAAAAAUCCACAACUCUCUCUACUUAACGUUAAGAACCUAUCCAACAAAGACUUGUCUCAAGACACUAUAUCUGCGCUUGCCAAAGACCCUAACUUCGCAGUGGCACCUAGAAAAAUUCCAAAGGAAGAGAUUAUCAGCCAAAUAGAGUCAACCAUCUACCGACUCCCAUCAGAACAAGCAGAUAAUAUCCGCAGACAGAUAACCAAUAGCCUUUCCAAAACCAAACCCCCUCCACCUAACAUCACUAGACAAGAGCGAUUGACCCUCCAAGACCUUAACAGGGACAUAGAUAUCAUAGUGCUUCCAGCCGAUAAAGGCAACACGACAGUAGUCAUGAACACAUCAGACUAUAAGAAAAAGAACUUUCUUUCGGACAAAGCAUACAAAAAGCUUCAGUCUAACUAA